CUCACGGUGGAAGCAGCCAAGCAGCCGGCCUGGCGCCCCUCCCCUUCCGUCCCGCCGCUGCUGCCGUGCCUCGUGCCUGCCAGCGGCGGAUGCCGCCCCGCCCCGCUGCUGACCACCGCCGCUGCUGAGCAUGGCCGCCGCUCCCGCGGGCGCUCAGAACCGCUGCGUCUUCGUUGGCAACAUACCAUAUGAUGCGACGGAGGAGCAGCUCGUGCAGAUUUGCGAAGAAGUCGGCCCAGUCGUAUCCUUCAGAUUGGUGAUUGACAAAGAGACCGGCAAGCCAAAAGGUUAUGGCUUUUGCGAGUACAAGGAUGAGGAAACUGCUUUAAGUGCACGCCGGAACCUUCAGGGUUACGAGAUUAAUGGUCGUCAGUUACGUGUUGAUUUUGCUGAAAGUGGGAGGAACACUGAUAGAAAUAGAGAAAAGGGUCGUGGAGGACCAGGGAUGGCAUCUAAUGUUGAUAGUCAAAAACGGUUAGCUGGGACUUCUGUUGUUGGAGAGACAAACUUUCAUCAGCCUGUUGGUCUCCCACCGGCAAUACAUGCUGCAUCUGUGAUGGCUGGUGUCCUUGGUGGAGCUCAGACUGCAAAUGUUCAAAACGGUUUACCUGUCCAGUAUGGACUUGGAAACGACCCUCUUACUCAUUAUUUGGCCAGAAUGUCAAGGCAUCAGUUGCACGAAGUCAUGGCUGAAUUGAAGUUCCUAACUACUCAAAACAAAGAACAUUCCAAAACUUUGCUGCAAGGAAUUCCACAGCUGCCAAAGGCCUUAUUUCAGGCACAAAUAAUGCUUGGGAUGGUGACACCACAGAUGAUGCAGAUGGCAAAGAGCCAACAGCCGUUGGGCUCCUUAGCACAAUCUUCAUCUCACCUCAAUGAGCCAUAUCCACAGCCAGAGCCAGAUGCUAUGGUUCCAGUAGUCUCAAGACCAUCAAGUUUGCCAACUAACGUACUACCAAACCCAGUUAUCCUACAGGAACAAACAGCUGCAAUACAUAGUUUUCCUCAGCAUCAACAUGCAUCUCAGCCCCAAGUCAAAAUGUUUCCACAUGGACAACCGUCUGGGAUCACCGCACAAUCUCCAAUGCUACAUCAGCCCCUUGGUGGUUCUUCCAGUGUUCCUAUUCAAUCUCUUGUGACCUCAGUAGGCUUAACCUCACAGGUUCAGCCUCCAUUUGUGCCAGAGCACCCUGGACCACCUGUCAUGCCUACAAGUGUACAACAGCUACCUUUGACCCACCCUCAUCUUGCUCUGGUAGCCGCCGCACCUGAGACUCUACCAAAUGAAAUAAGGGUUGCUGAUCAAGCAAGUCAUUUGACAGAGUUUACUCAUCCUUCAAAAUUGAGAAAAUUGGAGGAUGGAACCUCGGUGCCUGGAAUGGUGAACAGCAGCCAUGCUAUUUAUACAGCUCCACUGCAAGCAGUGGGCCCUAGUGGACCAUCAGGGAGCUAUAGUGCUGGUGCUGGUAGCUUACAACAACCAGGGAAUGAAGGGCAGAUUACGCCUGAUGUGGAGUCAGCUCUUCUGCAGCAAGUCUUGCAGCUGACACCCGAGCAGCUGAGUUCGUUGCCACCAGAGCAACAGCAGCAGGUGAUUGAACUCCAGAAGAUGCUUUCAGCUGGUAAAUAGAAGCAACCGAGCUAGUGCAGCAAUAUUGCCGGUCGAGGAUCUGGCACGUCACAUAAUGGCGAGUUGGCAACUAGUGGAAGCUGGAAGUGAUCCUCAGAUUUGUUAUCAAGUCACUAGGCCGCUUCAUAACCUGUCAGCAUUUUCUUGUGGGCAUCUUGAUGCCAUCAGUUUUGCUCAGAAGUAUCCAUAUGGCUUUCUUUCUUCAGAUCAGAGAUAAAAGAAAUGUUACAGGAGAUGGUAGUUUAAAGAAAGGGAUACACAUUAUCCAUCACUGCUGUAUCAUUAUAGGGAGAAAAUAACAAUAAUCUGUAUCCAAAGGAGCUGUUUUUUU